GAAUACAUUAAAACCCCAUUUUUUUAGAUCACCGUCGCCGAUUCCUCCAUUCCCUUUCAGAGCCAAACACCAAAAGCCCCUCUCUCUCUCUCUCUCUCUCUCUCUCUCUCUCUCUCUCUUUACAGUGUUAGUAGUGCAUUGGAGCGAGCGCAGGGUCGGAACUUUUCCUGAGAUUUGAUUGUUCUGCUUCAACCAACAGGUUUCAGAAAAUGCAGGAGUAACAUCUGUAAACCCUACUGGCAGAAAGUUAGUAUGUUUUGGUAGAGCUUUCUCCGAUCCGCUUGCCGGCCGGUUACGAAUUUAAAAUGACGUGUUCGGCUUCAUUUGACGUUCGGUGUUUCGUCGGUGUCUCGGCAACCCAUGGAAGGAUAGGUUUUGUUGAGAAUCAGACUAGUAGACACAGCUUCCUGAAAACUUGGAACGGAAGGAAAAGCCGCGGUCGGUUUUUAUGCUCGAAAGACUUUUCGACUUCCGCUUCCGUUAGAUGUUCUGCGAAUUCCUACCGCAACAAAGAUCCUUUCUUAAAUCUUCAUCCUGAAAUUUCCAUGCUCCGAGGAGAGGAGAACAACACGGUUAUUAAUCCGAGAAAGGAUAAGUUGAGUGAUGAUGUGACUGAAAGCUUAAGGGAGUCUUCUGGCGCGGAGAACUACAACGAGGCCAAGAUUAAGGUGAUAGGUGUUGGUGGCGGGGGUUCAAAUGCGGUGAAUAGAAUGAUCGAGAGUUCAAUGAAGGGGGUUGAGUUUUGGAUUGUGAAUACUGAUGUUCAGGCUAUGAGGAUGUCGCCGGUUUAUCCUGAAAAUCGAUUGCAGAUUGGUCAGGAACUAACUAGAGGUCUUGGUGCCGGCGGGAACCCAGAUAUUGGCACGAGUGCUGCAAAAGAGAGUAAGGAGUCUAUUGAGGAGGCGGUUUCUGGCGCCGACAUGAUCUUUGUUACAGCUGGUAUGGGCGGAGGAACCGGCACUGGUGGCGCUCCGAUAAUUGCAGGGAUAGCAAAAUCAAUGGGUAUUUUGACUGUGGGUAUUGUAACAACCCCAUUUUCAUUUGAGGGGAGACGAAGGGCAGUUCAAGCACAGGAAGGAAUUGCAGAAUUAAGGAAAAAUGUUGAUACACUCAUUGUCAUCCCAAAUGACAAGUUGUUGACUGCCGUUUCUCCGAAUACUCCAAUCUCUGAAGCAUUUAACUUGGCAGAUGAUAUUCUCCGACAAGGUGUUCGCGGAAUCUCGGAUAUAAUCACUGUUCCAGGUUUGGUUAAUGUUGAUUUUGCUGACGUUCGAGCAAUUAUGGCAGAUGCAGGUUCAUCCCUAAUGGGCAUAGGAACUGCAACUGGCAAGACAAGAGCAAGAGAUGCUGCAUUAAAUGCCAUUCAAUCACCACUACUUGAUAUUGGUAUUGAACGGGCUACAGGUAUUGUAUGGAAUAUUACUGGCGGAAGUGAUCUGACCUUGUAUGAGGUAAAUGCAGCAGCAGAAGUGAUUUAUGACCUUGUCGAUCCAGGUGCAAAUUUGAUAUUUGGAGCCGUUAUUGACCAGUCGCUUAGUGGUCAAUUGAGCAUAACUUUGAUUGCCACUGGAUUUAAGCGCCAGGAGGAGAACGAAGGCCGGUCUUUGCAGGGAGCACAAGUGGGUGGCGAUAACUAUGGCAUCAAUAGACGGCCUUCGUCUUCUUUUGCUGAAGGUAUUAAUGUGGAGAUACCAGAGUUCCUUCGAAAGAAAGGACGACCACGAUUUCCAAGAGCCUGAGAUGCCUACUUUUUGUAAUUUUGUUUCUUUCAUUUUUUCCAGUCUUCUCUUUAGGGUUUUGUAUUUUCUUUUUGCAAAUUUAACUUCUAAGCUUUUAUAAAUAAGAUUGUUGUUGGCUAUGUCUCCCAUGAGAAUUUAAACUAGAUAAAUUGUGUUCAUCAGGUUAAGAUUAUUCUGUGCUUUUCAAAGUCAAAUUUGUUAAUUUAAUUUACACAAUGUUCUUCUUCAA